CACAACAGUAGCAGAAGCACGCGCCAGCAACAAUAAUACCUAUAGCCUUGAGCAUGUCUACACCCAACAGCAAAAAGCCGCCUAUCCCGGCUGCCGCCCGACGCACUCCGACCACCGCUGCCAACAAUCCACCGGCGAGCACACAUAACAACCAAGGCUCCCAAUCGCCGUCCAGGAUGAUCUCGUCCAGCACAACAAGCAGUAACGGUCCUGGCGCAACGGUCGGCCUCAAUCGUUCACGAUCCACACGCACUGGCGCCGCGCCUGUAUCUGCCAGAGCUGCUGUCAGAGGCAAACCCGUUGCCGACUCUGCUGCUGACGAGGACGCCAAAGCUGAACUCGCCGCCAGAAUGGACGAGCUUCAGGAGAAACUGCAAGAAGCCGAGCGAGCAUGUGAAGAGUCGCAGAAGCAGGCUGCAGUGCUCCAGGUCAAGCUGGACGAGGCCCACAAGGAGCAAGGCAUGCUGGAGGAGACCGUGCAUGAACAUACCGAGCGCAUCAACGACCUAGAACUGGAGAAGAAAGAGAGCGUACGAGCCCGCCGCGAGAUGGAGCAGAUUUACGAGAGUGAAAAGGAGGCCGCGAUGAAGGAGAAGGAAGAGGCGGCAACGCGUGAGGUGGAGAUGCAGGCUGCUUUGCAGCGCAUGAAGGAAACUUUGGCGCAGCGCGAAAUGCGCGCCGGCUUAGAAGAUGACAGUAGGAGGCCGAUGAUGACUCGGCACUCGAGCAACGGCCGGAGUGCGAAUGGGUCGCCUGUUCGCGAUGCAUCAGAUCGACAGUUUGCGCCGCCCUCCGUCUCGCGCAGUGACUCCGCGUCCAGAAUCAACUCGAAGCUCGUGAACCAAAAGGACAAGAUCAUAGAAGGAUUGCGACUGGAACUGGCUGAAGCUCAGAUCAAGCUGGUGGAAAUGGAGAAUAUGGGAGGAGGACGUCUGCAAGAGAUUCAACGACAGCUGUACGACGUCAAAAUGCACAAUGCUCGCUUGAUGGAAGAGAACGAGUCAUUCCAGCUGUUGCUGAGCGAGAAAACACUACAAGGCGACUUCCUGCGAGCACCUUCACAUCCUGGGUCGCGACCUCCGUCCAGACACUUGGACACUGCCGUGGGCACAUCGCUCGCUGACGAGUUGGACUCCCAAGUCGACGAGAGUGAGAUUGAAGGAGACACGCGGCGACUGCAAGCAGAAGUGCAGAGCCUUAAGGACGCAAACAAGGCAUUGACGUUGUAUAUUAACAAUAUCAUCUCGCGCCUUCUCCAGCAUGACCAGUUCGAGGCGAUUCUAGAUAAGACGCCGGACCUGAUGGCAGGCCCGGGUGCCGCCAGCACAAAACGACAGCAUGCAGACACGGAUAAAGAGCUGCCACCGCCUCCACCUGACAAGGACGAACAGCCUAGUCUGCUGCAACGAGCGAAGAGUGUCAUGGGUGGCACCAGACCAAGACCACGUCCGCUAUCACAGUCACUCGCUCCUGGUGAUCAACUCGAGCCGUCCUUGAAAACACCAGGUCUCAAUGAAGACCCGAAGACCGCUCCCAGUGUGCCCAUCGCACGAUCCAGGUCGACGAGAGCAUCCCAUGGCCACAGACGCGCGAACUCGGACUGGCCGGCUGCGAGUGUGGUUACAAAUAUGUAUCGUGGCCCGUCUCCAAAUGCAGGACCACUAAGCCCGGGCCUCACCUCUCCCAUCAAUCGCAACUCAUUCUUUGGGAGGACACCUUCAUCUAGUACUUCAGUGCCGACUAUUUCCGAAGAUAACAUUGACAAGGAAAGCGCUCGAGACAGCAAGAUGAGUGGUAGUGCCAGCAAUCGCAACAGCGUCACUUCCAAUCCUACAUAUGCGGGCAUCGAUGAUGACAGCAGUACCGGAGCAGCCAGUGGCCUCUUGAAUGAACGAUCCAACCCUUCAUCACCACCACAAAGUACAACGAGCUCCGGCGACAGAGACAAACCCAGUGGUGCCAUCAUGAUGGGCUCCAAACCUCGUCCUCUCCGUCUGGUCCAGGAAGCUGCCGAUGAGGACGCGGCCAAGAAGCAGGCAAACCGAGGAAGCUGGUUCGGAUGGAUGAACAAAGGUGGUGCACCGCCUCCCGGAUCACUGCAAUCACCGCCUGCUCCAAGUUCCCAAGGUCUCGGAGAGAAAUUGGGGGGUGUAUUCCGCAAGACCGACGCCGAAGCAAGUCAGGCGCAGUAGAACUCGCCUCCGUUACAGCAGAGUCAUACCGAUUACCAUCAGUUGAGGCACGAAUGGAGUAUGAGAGGUAGAAGUGGAUCGGCGAGGGUUGGGAAAGAGAACAAGAGUCCGACUAGAAGUGGGAUUGGGAAAGAGGAUCAUCCUUACCCUCGCGCUCUACCUCCUCCUGCUAUGCCUGCCGGGAGUGGUGCGUUGCGGUCUAGGAGGAGGUGGAGGUGGAGUGAGUGACCCAAACGUCUAUGGGAGAUGGCGUAUCCUCACUUUGGUUCUCGACAAGUAACCUGCCAGUGUUGUUUGAGGGGUGGGAUGAUUUGGCUUCCAGUUGUACGUUCUUGCGGGGCAAGCAAUACCUGGUUGGCGCGGCGCAGGUACGAUAUUGUGUGGCUUACGAGCUGCUAUGGAUGGAUAUAUACCCUUGUGCUGGUGUUUUUUCUUUUCCAUCGUCUUUGCUUUUAUAAUGAGAGAAGUAGAAGUUUGGUAGCAGUGGUCGGAAAGAAUAGAGAAUGAGAUGAUUGAAUAGGUUAGCAUCCAGUAUGGACCUGCUGUAAUUUGC